ACUCGUCCUCUGUGGACACUUACACAGGGCAGGCACACGCAUAUGCUGCAGAUACUACAGCUCAGGAACAGGAGUUAGCCAACAGAUUGUCUUGCUCCAUAUCAAGGAAUAAAACCUGGUUUCUUAUGACAAAAUACUGCCCUUUGAGAGGAUGCAGAGCCACGUGGGAUUUUAUUGCUUGAGAGUUUGACUGGGAGACUUUCGACGGGUAGAAACAAGCGGUUAACACAGCAACUUCCUCUUUUCUUGAAUUUCCUUCGAGUCUGCAAGAUCUUCCUUUCUUUCAGCCUCUGCUUCAAACCCAAUUCCCAUGCCGACCGCCAUAAACGCAGCGGUGGCUCAGCACACGGCUGCUGGGUCAGUCCCCUGCACUACUCUUGGCACCACAGCUGAAGGGGUAGGAGGGGGCACAGGGGGGAUUUAUUCUGCCAUUAUAAGUCGGAACCAGCCCAUUAUCAGAGUAAAGGAGAACACCUAUGAAGAGCUUCACAAGAAGUGCCUGGAGAAGAACAUCCUCUAUGAAGAUCCUGAUUUCCCACCAAACGAGUCCUCCCUCUUCUACAGUCAGAAAAUCCCCAUCAAGUUUGAAUGGAAAAGACCACGUGAAAUCUGUGAGAAUCCACGGUUUAUUAUUGGUGGAGCCAACAGAACAGAUAUCUGCCAAGGAGAAUUAGGUGACUGCUGGUUCCUGGCUGCCAUUGCUUGCCUGACACUGAAUAAAAAACUACUCUGCAGAGUCAUACCUCAUGACCAGUCCUUUAUACAAAACUAUGCUGGAAUAUUUCAUUUCCAGUUCUGGCGCUACGGAGACUGGGUGGAUGUUGUCAUCGAUGACUGCCUCCCCACAUACAACAACCAACUGGUCUUCACCAAGUCCUCCCAACGCAAUGAGUUCUGGAGUGCCCUCCUGGAAAAGGCCUAUGCAAAACUCCACGGAUCAUAUGAAGCUUUGAAGGGAGGCAAUACCACGGAAGCCAUGGAGGACUUCACUGGAGGAGUCACUGAGUUUUAUGAGAUAAAGGAUGCCCCAAAAGAUAUCUAUAAAAUCAUGAAACAUGCCAGUGACAGAGGAUCCCUCAUGGCCAGCUCCAUUGAAGAUAACUUAGGCUUUUCCUAUGGAUCAGCUCCUCGGAGCCACAUUGGGGAACUGAUUGCUCGAAUGGUGAAGAAUCUUGAAAAUGCACAAAUGUCUCAACCCACUGUGGACUACCAGGGGACAGAUGAGAGGCCAGCCUGGACCAUAGUGCCAAUGCAGUAUGAAACCCGAAUGUCUUGUGGGCUCGUCAAAGGCCAUGCCUACUCUGUCACAGCUGUGGAAGAGACAACGUUUAAAGGGAAAAAAAUACGCCUGGUAAGGCUGAGAAACCCCUGGGGGCAGGUGGAAUGGAAUGGGCCUUGGAGUGACAAGUCAGAGGAGUGGAACUUCAUGAGUGAAGAAGAGAAAAUCCGCCUGCAGCACAAGAUUGCAGAGGAUGGGGAGUUCUGGAUAUCAUUUGAAGAUUUCAUGAGGUACUUCACAAAGCUUGAGAUCUGUAACCUCACACCUGAUACUCUGGAAGCUGAUAAACUCAAGACUUGGACUGUGUCAGUCAACGAAGGGCGCUGGGUGAGAGGCUGCUCAGCUGGAGGUUGCCGGAAUUACCCAGACACGUUUUGGACAAAUCCCCAGUAUCGCUUGAAACUCCUGGAGGAAGAUGAUGAUCCUGAGGAUGAAGAGGUUAUCUGCAGCUUCCUCGUUGCACUGAUGCAGAAAAACAGGAGGAAAGAACGGAAGCUGGGAGCCAACCUGUACACCAUUGGCUUUGCCAUCUAUGAGGUGCCUGAAGAGAUGCAUGGUACUAAGCACCACUUGCAAAAGGAUUUUUUCCUCUACAAUGCUUCCAAAGCUAGAAGUAAGACCUAUAUAAACAUGAGAGAAAUCUCUGAGCGCUUCCGGUUGCCUCCCAGCGAGUACGUUAUCAUCCCAUCAACGUAUGAUCCACAUCAGGAGGGAGAAUUCAUCCUGAGGGUCUUCUCAGAGAAAAGAAGUCUUUCAGAGGAGGUUGAAAACAUGAUUGAGGCAGAGCGUCCACUGAAGAAAAAGGGCAAGCCUAUCAUCUUUGUUUCUGACAGAGCAAACAGCAAUAAGGAGCUGACAGCAGAUGAAGACACUGGCAAAGAUGGUGAAAAAAAAACUGCAGAUGAGAAAAAGCAUGCUUCAGCAAAAGCUCAAGAGAGAAGUGAAGAGGAAAAACAGUUCAGGAACAUUUUCCGACAAAUUGCAGGGGAUGACAUGGAGAUCAAUGCUGAAGAACUCAGGAAUGUUCUCAAUAACGUCGUAAAAAAACAUAAGGACCUAAAGACAGAAGGAUUUGAACUGGAAUCCUGCCGCAGCAUGAUUGCUUUGAUGGAUACAGAUGGCUCAGGGAAGAUAAACUUUGAUGAGUUUCGACACCUCUGGGACAAGAUUAAAAGCUGGCAGAAAAUUUUCAAGCGUUAUGACACAGAUCAUUCGGGAACCAUUAACAGCUACGAGAUGAGGAAUGCAGUCAAUGAUGCAGGGUUUCGGUUGAACAAUCAGCUCUACGACAUCAUCACCAUGCGCUACGCCGACAAGAACAUGAACAUUGACUUCGACAGCUUCAUCUGCUGCUUCGUGAGGCUGGACGCCAUGUUCAGAGCAUUCCGUGCCUUUGAUAAAGAUGGAGAUGGCAUCAUUAAGCUCAAUGUCCUGGAGUGGCUGCAGCUCACAAUGUAUGCAUAACACCGGAACCAGUGGCCACCUUUGGCAAGAACAGACUCAGGACUCUGUUUUGAGUGAUUUGCUCCAUUCACCCCCAAAUGCAAACAAGCAUUUCCCAAUUAUGUGCUUUGCUUCUCAAGAUAAACAGCACACUGGAAGAAGCCCUUGGAGAAAGAAUCAACCAUACCCCAGUAGGCAGACUAUGCAGAUAUUCUGUAACUAGUUUUAUAACUUCCUGACUUUUUCAUUUUGGGCUACGAGGAUUAAUUUAUUGAUGACUGAAUAAGCUUUUUCUGCAUGGUAAAGACAUGGACUGUGUCUCAUUAUUCUGCUCAUGCUGACACCUGGAAAAGUCUUCCCUCAAAUCAGGCAAAACUGGGAUUGUAGCUGAACUGUGAAAGUCAGAGGUGUUUACUACCACCUUGUAAUUAGUCAUUAACUCUUUGUCCUGCUUUUGAUACUAUCAUUUCAGCCUCCUCGUAAUGUUUACUGAAUAUUUCACACAAGAUUGUCCUCAAUUACAUUAAAAUUAUGCAUCCCAAUCCCAUUGCUACAGAUGUGGCUGUGCAGGUUGGUUCUAUGCUAGAAACAUGGAAGUAAGGCACAACAGACUGCAGUAAUACCUAGGUACAGCUUGGGCUAGUGCCUCAACAGAACUAUCAGAAGGAGUGAUUUGUUCCCAUUUUUAGUAUCCCCAUAGUACCUUAAGUAUACACUGGAUAUUUAUUUUUUUUAUUGUAACUGCAUUCUCUGUAACACUACGAAAGUUGCUUCCCAUUUCAGAGAGAAAACCUUCUACACAUACAAAGUCAUCUAUCUACACACACUCUUCCUUCCCCUCCUCCAGGCCCCAUUUCCUAACAGUAUUGUAUAUUUCUUUAUUGUAAGAGGUGACCUGGAGCAAAAGCAGACACUAUAUUAGUCCAUUCACUUUGGGAAGAUUAUUAAAAUGUUAAAAUACAAUUAGUUUAAUUGAACCAAAAAUGAAAUCAACAGGAUUUUGGCCUAAACUUUAGGGUUGAUUUUUGUUUUUAUUUUGAAAUAACAAAAGAUGAUAAAACAUUGAGUAUUCUUCCAGCAUUCUCCUGAAUAUACAGGAGCUUUUGCAAUUUUAUGGCAAGUGUGAAAGCAUCCUAAUAUCUCAAACACUUUAUAAAAAUCCAGCAUUUGAGCUUGAGAGGUUCCACCAUUACCAGUUUUGAUGAUGACAGGCUUUCAGAACUGGUCAAUCUUAAGUCAGUAUAAAAAUAGAAGGGAAAAUAAAAGGUGUGAAAAGA